AUGGGCAAACAUUCGGCUUUUGAUGAUUCAGAUGAGGAAGAGCAGUAUGCCGAAGGGGAACCGAGGGAGGUCGCCCCGCCGAAGACGGGGGCGGCCUCUUCCGGGCAAGCGACGAGGACGCCCGUCGAAGGUUCCAAGGGAGGGAGCUCCUCCGGCCGACCCUCCGGCCACCUGAAGAGGAAGAGGGGGGCCUCAGAGGUUGUGGAGGUGGAUCCGUUGUCCUUCAGCCUCCCAUCGAUCCACGAAUUGUCCUUCUUAGACGAUCUUCUGAAGGAGGGAUACGCAGACCCGGGUCGGGGCUCCGAUUUGUUCGAAGACAUACCCACGGGACAUGUCCUGCUGACCUUCGAUCCUCCUCGGGUGGAGUGCUCUGAGCUACCCGAGACCGGAGCAAUGAGGCUGGAGGACAGCAUGAGACAAAUAAGUUCUUUUGUUUUUAAUUUCAAGGGCACUUUCCUCCUGGCUUCGGUCCAGAGGACAGCCACGAGCGAGGCCAACAGGGCCAGGGACACGGAGGUCAUGUUUAAGGCCUCGGAAGGGAGAAGAGCGCAUCUGGAGGAAGAGAGGAAGCGCCUAGAAGAGGAAGUUGCGCGGGUGAAGGCGGAACUCAAGGACACGGAGCUGACCCACCGACUCGAGAUGGAAAGCUUGCUAGCCACGAGUGUCCCGAAAUCUCGGCUGGACAUGUACAUCUUGGCAGGGGUCCAACGGUAUCUAGGGUCGACCGAGUUCGCCCUCGGGAUAAACGAUGUCAUGGACCCAGCCAUGGAGAGGGGGGCGCGGAAGGUCGUUCUGGAGAUCGAGGCGGCCCAGAAGAAGAACGAGGACAUCCAACCUAUCCUCGAAAAGUAUACUGACAGGGACAGGAAAGGGAAGACGUAUGCAGUGCGACUGCGGUGCAAGGCCCGGAAACGCUUCCGGGAUAUGGAUUUCGCCAGUCUCCCCAUCAUGCAGGAGAUUUCCGAAUCCUGCGCCACCCUUUCAAAGCCCGAGGACAUCCUGAACAUCCCGGGUAGUCCCUCCUUCGUCUUCCAGAUGCCGAGGGGAACAGAGACGCCCCCCAGCAUGCCGCCGGGACCGGAGGAGGAACCCGAGAUGGUCGCAUCCGAGCCUCCACCCCAGGGACAUAACUCCGGCAGCCGAGGAGGAGGAGGGACGUCCACGGAUUCCAAUGCCCGCAGCGGAGACAAGGUGAACGAUGCGUAG